UGUACUUUGGAAGGUCGUCGAGGUAAAUUUCUUGUUCUGCGAAGCCUGGGUUUCUGUCUGCAUAGGAUUUUUGCAGUUUGUACAAAAUGGACGGUUUUCUGGGAUACGUUUUGCCUGCAGUCAUGAUCACCGCUGUUUUACUUUUAUUAUGGAAGAGCCGCGGUAAAGAGCGUCCACUGGCUUUAGAGAGGCUUCCUCCAGGACCCUCUCCAACUCCACUGCUUGGAAACUUUCUUCAGCUGCGUGUAAAGGAGCCAUAUAAACAUUACCUUGAGAGUCGAGGGAAAGAGCGUCGACUGCCUUUAGAGAGGCUUCCUCCAGGACCAUCUCCAGCUCCAGUGCUCGGAAACUUUCUUCAGCUGCGUGUAAAGGAGCCAUAUAAACAUUACCUUGAGCUGAGUAAAAAGUAUGGCCCUGUUUUCACUGUUUGGUUUGCCAACACUCCUGUUGUGGUGAUCUCUGGAUAUCAAGCCUUGAAGGAUUCUAUGAUUGUCCUGGGUGAAGAGUUCAGUGGCAGAUCAACCUAUCCCCUAUUAAUGAAGGUCACCAAUGGAUAUGGUCUUUUGGUCAGCAGCGGGGACAGGUGGAAGCAACUGCGCAGGUUCAGUCUCACAACAUUGAAAAACUUUGGAAUGGGCCGCCGAAGCAUCGAGGACAAGGUGAAGGAAGAGGCCAGCUGUCUGGUGCAAACUUUCAGCACAUUUGGAGACUCUGCUUUCAAUCCCGGAGGCCUGAUAUCUGAAGCAGUGUGCAACGUGAUCUGCUCGGUUAUGCUUGGCCAAAGAUUUAAAUCUGGUGACCCACAGUUACAGCUUUUGAUAAGAGCUAUUACUACCUACUUCAAUGUUCUAAAUAGCCCUCUUGGACAGGCCUAUAACAUUUUUCCCAGAACAGUUGGCCUCUUCCCUGGACGGCUCCAUGACAUGUUUGCGAUUAUGGAGGAAGCCAAAGUUUCUCUUAAACUUGAGGUAGAGGCACGGAUGAAGACGCUGGAUCCUUCUUUACCACCACAGGACUUCAUUGAGGCCUUUCUUAUACGAAUGGAGGAGGAGAAGCACAAUCCUAAUACAGAAUUUCACCUCAGCAAUCUUUUGAGCACUUUGAUAAACCUACUUAGUGCUGGCACUGAGACCAGCUCCUCCACCCUCAGACACAGCCUGCUGCUCAUGAUGAAGUAUCCAGACAUCCAAGCACGAGUCCAGAAGGAGAUCGAUGAGGUGGUGGGGUCAGACCGGUGCCCCUCCAUUGAUGAUAGAAAGAACAUGCCAUACACAGACGCAGUCAUCCAUGAGAUUCAGCGCACUAUGGACCUCUCCCCAACUGCUGUUCCACAUAAAACGCUCUGUGACACUGAAUUUAAAAGCUUUUUAAUUCCCAAGGGAACCAUGGUUCUUCCUUUGCUAUCUUCUGUGCUUUUCGACCCUGAACUAUGGAAGAACCCAGAUCAUUUUGACCCAGAGAACUUUCUGGAUGAAGAGGGACGAUUCAAGAAGAGUGAUGCAUUUGUUGUGUUUGGAAUGGGAAAGCGGGCCUGUGUGGGUGAGGCUCUGGCCCGAGUGGAGCUCUUCAUCUUCCUCACUUCCCUCCUCCAGCGCUUCACCUUCAGAGCCACUCAGCCGCCAGAGGAGAUUGACAUCACUCCUGCCAUUUGCAGCUUUGGUCGCCUGCCCCGCUCCUAUGAGUGCUAUGCUCUAAGGAGGGCAUAGAGAGCAAUAACCAUCACCUUGAUACAUUUCCAGCAAUCUAUUCUGAAAGAUUUGAAUAAGAUUUAAUAAUGAGAACAACUAAGAACAACUGCUUAUAGGAAAUUAUAUUGAGAAAAAACAAGACCUAGUUAUGUGAUCCACAAGGUUCCCAAUAUUGGUUGUCAAUAUUUUAGAUUUUAUAUUUUAUAGAUCUUGUUGGAAUAAGAUAAUAUAUGAAAUUUAAAGAAUAUAAAAUUGCAAAUUGAGCUGCCACUUCUCACUGAACAAGCAUUUGUCAUUUCCCUCAUUGCAAAUAAGCCCAGAAAUGUGCAGGACAGAACUAUAAAGAUAGACUGAUUGCAUUCUAAGAUUUAAUCCAGGUUCCAAGAAAUAGAUCAUAUGAGAAAUAUAUGUCAGUAUAAUACACAAAUGUGUGAAUAUAUGUAAUCAGCUCUUGAUUAUAGUAUUUCCUGGUAUAAUGGAUGUUAAUAUAUCUAUGUGCUGAACUGCACUGUUGUGGAAACAUUUUUAUCUGACAGUUGACACAAUUAGAAAAGAGUUUUUUUCAAACCUGAAAGCAUGAGGCUUACAGGUUGAGCUGAGUCACUGAAGUUUCUUACUUUUGAUCCCUUUUCCAUAUUAAUAAUAAAAAUAAUAAUCCAUAUUUCUGCCUGUUUAUAGCAUGUCAUUGUUAAUGUGCUGCACUGUAGGUCACUAAUAAAUGUGUGUGUGAAAUAAGCAUUGAGAGCAUCAAGAUCACAUCUUUUAUUAUCAUCCAUCUUUGAUGUACUAAACAUUAUAUUACAUUUUGAGAUACAAAUUCAUACUGAGCCAUCAAACACUAUACAGUUUGGCAACAUUACUGUCAGACACAAAACCAGAAGGAUGAUACAAGACUUAGUGGAGGAAAACUAAUACCUUUCUUUGUGUCCGUUCCUGCCCGCUUCCACCAGAUGGCGCCUGUUCCCUGGAUAUGGAAUGACCUUGGCGAGGGGUGUAGAAGAUAAACUAGCUGGGUGGUGGGUCAGGGAAAGUUACUCAAUCGUAGAUCAAUAGACUCGGUCGCAGUGUUUUACUUCUGUAAUAUUACAUACCUUCCAGAAGAAAAUUAAUUUAUGUUGUGUUACAGAGCAAGAUCGAAGCUGGGCUGGGGUGAAGGAGAGAGGUUUGGUGGCUUUUAGCUGAGUCAUAUUUUCAAUAAGAGUCACUCACAGACUUGCUUAAGAGAAUUGGUCCACACGGAGUGUUGAUAUUACCGGUGCUGUCCAAAAUGAGCACUGAAGACUUGAUGAAGUUCAAGAUCAACGGCCGCUGCAUUGUUCUUCCAUUCCAUUCCAUCAUUCAGAUAAAGGUUAAUCCAAAUCCUCAUCACAGAGGUAUCUGUAAACUCCACUGA